AUCUCGUUUGCGGAAUUUUGCCCGCGAACUUGUUUUUAUCUAGUAGGAAAUGUUAAUUGAAUUCAAUAAUCUUUAAUUUUUCUUGAUUUUAUCCUGCUAAUCAUAACUAAACAAAAUGAAGUUCCGUUCUGUGAUGAUAGACGCUGGGCCGAUGAGGGAGUUUGCAAACAUAGUAACGACUAUAUCAAAGCUUUCCAAGGAGUGUGUGUUGAGAAUAGCCGAGGAUAAACUGUAUUUUAUAGUGAGCGAUGAUAGCAAUGCCCCGGGUCCACCAAUUCUGUGGUGUGAGAUACCUCAUACAAUGUUUUUCUCUGAAUAUCAAAUGGUUGGUUUGGACGAUGAACAUAAGGACAUUUAUUUAGGCUUUGCAGCAGCAAAUUUAGCUAGGUCGCUGGUGACCUUAAAAUCUGCCAAGACCCUCAAAAUGAAGCUCACUAAGAAGCAAUGUCCAUGUCUAACCUUAGAGAUUGAAAUGCCUUCGUCAACUUCUCAGCAAACAAGACACGUCACACAUGACAUCCCAGUCGUCGUUAUACCGAGGAAGAUGUGGUCCGACUUCCACGAACCAAACACUCCGGUGCCUGACAUAUCAAUAGAACUACCGCCACUGAAGCAGCUUCGCACGACCAUAGACCGAAUGCGUACAAUGGCGCCCGAGGUGGUGAUACGGGCGUCGGCCGAAGGUCGCCUCACGCUGCAGAUUAAGACUGACAUGGCGAAGGUGUCUACCAGGUUCAAGGAUUUGAGGGUGGAGGCUUUUGCAGGCCCCAUUGAGCAUUCAGACUCAGAAACCGAGACCCAAGUGAAUGAAGACACAUCCCGAGUAUGCUACUGCAGGGUUGACACCAAAAAGCUAUCGAUAUUCCUGAGCGCAGACCAGAUAUCCCACAACCGGACUGUUUGUAGCAUUGUGCAUAAAAAACUGGUGAUUCUGUGUUUGCAAACCGAAGAAAACGUCAAGUUGCAAUGUUUUAUCAGUGGGAUUGUGUACUAAUAAUUGCAUGGAGGGAUUGUGGAAAAGUUCAGCAGUGGACGUACUAUCGGCAAGUGUUAACUGCCCAUUGUCAGUCAUAUGUCAUCUCGCUCUAUCGCAAAGAAUCACCAUUUGAUGAGAGCGAGAGCAAAAACGGAAAUGGAUAGUUAACAGGCCAAAAAAGUUGAAAAAAAACCUCUUAAUAGCCUCUAUGGAGUCGUGUUCCUGCAGUGGAGACUCAACGCCCGGAUUCACAAACGAUGCUUGCUUAAGAAAAACAGCAAAUCGAACGCACAGCGUUGAAUAGAGCUCUGAAUGGUUUGUGUGUCACCCUGUGCGUCCACGCGAACUGUGAGACCUCAGUUAUGUUUGUGAAUACGGGCGUAAAUGACCUGAUGUGGGGUACAGUCAGCGUCAAAUAGUUCCUGACACCCAAAGUAACCAAGUUCGCAACAUGUCUUUGUUGCAUUGGAAUAAAGCUGUCUUAUCAACUUUUUAGUCAUUUUGGAUGUCACGAAAUAUUUGUCGCUGACUGUACUAGAAUAAGAGAAACUGAAUUAUUAAUAUAAUAGUUUUUAUAAAUAACAUCACAAGGAUACUGUUGUGUACAAACUACAAUGUAUUAAAUGCUUAGCAACUUAUAAUGUUAGAAAUUAUUUUUACCCUAUAAAUAGAGACUGUGAUAAUAAUUAUAAAAUAAAAGAAUUUUU